AUGAUUGAAGAAGCUGUCAGAUGGUGGUGCAAACGAGAAAAGAAAGAGUAUCCAAACAACGAAGGACUACAUACAGAGUACAAAAGAAAAGCAGUUCUCGGUUUGAUAAGAGAUUACAAUGACAAAGCUGGAUUCAGCGUUUUGGGUGUCGCCUUCAGAACAGGAUCAGCAGAGAUUGUCAAGAAAUUGCUGCAUAUGAAGAAUGUCAUGUGCUUUGACAAGAACGAAACGUGCGACUUUGAUAUCACCACACUGACACCACUCACAAACGGGUCUAAUGCCAGACGAUGCGGAAGCAAUAAAAUUAGGCCACAAAUAUCGUGCUUGGAAGGUCUUCUUCAUAUGGGAUCCACUGACACUUUGGCACGCAUUCUAGACAUUCCCCCAGUAAGGCAAAUUGAACAGGCGUACAGUGCCCUUGUCUUGUGGACAUAUACGACCAUUUUUAUGCUUCAUUUUAUGUACAUGAUUGUCUUCAGUUUUUCCUCCUUUUACCUUUCAGAGAGACGGCGCACCUCACCUUCAGAUCCUCCAUUUGACUUGCUAACAUUCGCUCUUUAUUUUAUUUUGCCAAUUGAACCACUGCUAAUAAUAUAUCAUAUAAUAAGUAAAGUCAAUAUCACGAGCUUUCUAAAUCCGCAACACAAGAGCGUGCUCAUCGAGAAUGUUGGCAGGAUCACAAUCGGAACGGUCGUCUCGUUCUUGUUCAGCUCGAGUUACGCAUUUGUCGUGCUAUACUGGAUUGGACUGUAUGUGCUGAAGCAACCAGCGUCGUUUUUCUUCCCUAAUCAAGAAUACGUUCUGACACCAGCUCUGGUAUUGGGCUGGCUCUUAACAAUCACUUUCACGCGUGGAAUAAAAGGCCUUCAUUGUUUCUGGAGGACCUUCCGUGACAUGAUAUUCCACGAUGUGUUAAAGUUUUCCUAUAUUUACAUCAAUGUGCUGUUGGCAUUUUCAAUCGGUGUGCAUAAUUUGUUUCAAGUGGAACCAGACAUCGCCAAGCAUUAUCCAUCUCUGUUGGAUACAAUUUCAAAGGAUGUGUUGACAAUAGGUGUUCCUGUCAAGAGUCUCGUCGUUAUGACAACCCACGUGAUAUAUCCUUUCUACAUAUCCUUUUGCAUGCAGGUUGACUAG